UCUUCUUCUUCUUCUUCUUCUUCUUCUGUAAACAGUAGAAUGCAGCGGGAGUUGCUGUCCAGGAAGGCUGCAUGCAACGCCCACGGCCAGGACUCGUCUUACUUCUUGGGAUGGCAGGAGUACGAGAACGACCCUUACGAUCCGAUCUCCAACCCGAAAGGGAUGAUCCAAAUGGGCCUCGCAGAGAACCAGCUCUGCUUUGACCUGAUCGAGACGUGGCUGGAGAAGCACCCUCAGGCAGGAGGAUUCAAGAGGGACGACGGCAAAAGGAUAUUCCAGGAGCUUGCUCUGUUCCAGGACUACCACGGCUUGCCUGCCUUCAAGAAUGCAUUAGCCAAGUACAUGGCGGAAGUGAGAGGAAACGGAGUGAGGUUCGACCCCAGCAAGCUCGUGCUCACUGCCGGUGCAACUUCUGCCAACGAGAUCUUGAUGUUCUGCCUCGCUGAACCUGGUGAAGCUUUCCUUGUGCCAACUCCUUACUAUCCAGGGUUCGAUCGGGAUCUGAAAUGGAGAACCGGAGUGGAGAUCGUCCCCGUCCUCUGUUCCAGUUCCAACGGCUUCCGCAUCACCCGGGCGGCCCUCGACGCCGCCUGCCGCCGUGCGCAGGAGCGGCGCCUCCGCGUGAAGGGCGUCCUCGUCACCAACCCCUCUAACCCGCUCGGCACUGCCCUCGCCUGCGGCGAGAUCGACGCCCUCCUCGACUUCGUCUCCUCCCGAGACGAUCUCCACCUCGUCAGCGACGAAAUCUACGCCGGCGCUGCACCGGAGGGCUUCGUCAGCGUCGCCGAGGUGGCGGCGGCCUCCGCGUCCACCGCCGGCCGCGUCCACAUUGUGUGCAGCCUCUCCAAGGACCUCGGCCUCCCCGGGUUCCGAGUCGGGGCGAUAUACUCCGAAGACGAAGGCGUGGUGUCGGCGGCCACCAAGAUGUCGAGCUUUGGGCUGGUUUCUUCGCAGACGCAGUACCUGCUGGCGGCUCUGCUGGGGGACGGCGAGUUCACCGGGAGGUACAUUGCGGAGAACCAGAGGCGGCUGAGGGAGCGGCGGCGGAGGCUGGUGCAGGGGCUGGAGGCGAUGGGUAUCGGGUGCCUGGAAGGCGGAGCCGGUUUAUUCUGCUGGGUCGACAUGCGUCACCUGCUGAGGUCGACUACAUUUGAAGCCGAGAUGGAGAUAUGGAAGAAGAUAGUGUACCAAGUGAGGCUCAACAUCUCGCCGGGCUCUUCUUGCCAUUGCGAUGAGCCAGGGUGGUUCCGAAUUUGCUUCGCAAACACUUCAGAAGAAACCCUAGAAAUAGCUUUAGAUAGGCUAAAAAUUUUUAUAGACUCCUACCAAAGCAGUGACACAAAGGGACAUAACACCUCAAGGGAGUUCAUCAAAUGGGUGUCUCAUUUUUCGUCCUCCGAGUUCAAGUCCGAACGAUGAUUAUAAACUAAAGAAAAUUUAAAAUCCACCCUAAACACUUUAUUUACUAUGUAAACACAUCUCAUAAGAUUUUAAAGCUAGUCAUUGUUUUAUGUCCUUUUCUUUUUUGCCUUGAACCACUGUAAUCAACUUGG